UUAAAAUCAUUGGAUCCCCAUGAUGUUCAGGUGCUUAAAAACAGGCAUUCUGUGAUGGAAAUCACUGAAUGGGCUCAGUACCACUUCCAGAAAUCAUUGUCUGUGUACACUGUUUGAUGAAUAGAAAUUUGAAAUUAUUUUUGCAAAAUAUAGACUCCACAUUCUCUACACUAAAGAGGAGACAGACCAUCCAACUUAUCACCACUCAGUUCAAAAGCCUGCACAAGUGAAAGCACAUCAUUAAUACUUAAAUGCACAUACAACCUUUAAAGCCAACAUCCUGACAGUACAAUUUUCACUCUUUAUCAACACAAUCCUAAACCUGUAAUUGCAGUUAUUACAACAAUGUGGCUUUGUAUAGUAGAAGAGUGUGCACUGAAAUGGCCUAAAUGCAGUCCGGAUCUUACACCAACUAAAAACAUUCGGAGCAUCAUAAAAUGAAAAAUAGGACAAAGAAGACCCAGGAUUGUUGAGCAGCUAGGAUUCUAUAACAAGAAGAAUGGGACAACACUCCAGAAAAUCCAGCAGCUGCUCUCAGAUCUCAGACAUUUACAGACUAUUGUUAAAAGAAAAGGUAAUGCUACACAGUGGUAAACAUGACCCUCUCGCAACUUUUUUGUUGUUGUUUUUUGUGUGAAAUGUUGCUGCCAUCAAAUUCAGAAUUACAUUUUUCCCCCCUGAAAACUGAAACUUUCCUUUUUUCUUUCCCAUGAACAUUUUUGUGCCCUGUGGACCUAUUAAAGCAAAUGUAGGAGACUGUGUGACUUAACUGAGUGGUGAAAGUUGGGGCUGGGAUUCCCCACUGUUUCCCCCUCCCUGCCCCCCUAGUCCACACACCAUCUGCUUACUGCCACCCCCGUCGUCUGCGGCCAUCACAAAACAAGUCGUUAUCUCCAAAGACACGUCUCUGCAUCUUUGAUUGGUGGUUGAUAAGAGACCUACAGACUCAUGGGGCUGGCUGACCUUGCUGUAUAUAUAUCAUGACAUUUCAGCAGACACUGGCAACAAAGCUGGUUUAAAGCUCUCCCUGUUUAACCUUGUGUCCUCUCCUGCUUUGGCUUUCUGAUCCUGACAUUAUGGCUGUUUUCUUGACUGUGGCUCUUAUGACUAUGGCUUGUCCUUUACUGGCGUUUGACAUGGGUCAGUCUACUCGUUGUGUUGCCAUUCCCCACAAGAUGCAUGUCUGCAAAGAUGUUGGAUACUCAGAGAUGCGUUUGCCAAACUUUUUGGGCCACAGUAGCCUGGAAGGCGAGGUGGUGCCACAUUCAGAGGAUUGGAGGACGCUUUUGCAGACAGGCUGCCACCCUCAAGCACAAGCCUUCCUCUGCUCCCUCAUUGCCCCUGUUUGUCUUGACACUUUCAUCCAGCCCUGUCGUAGUCUGUGUGUGGCAGUAAGGGAAAGCUGUGCCCCAGUGCUUGCCUGCCAAGGACACCCAUGGCCUGAUGUUCUUGAUUGUGACCGUUUCCCUGCUGAGGAAGACAUGUGUCUUUCUCACCAUGGAAAACCUGGCAUCUUUUCUAAAGGUUUGCCUAAAUCUGCCUGUCAAAAUUGUCCUUAUGUGGAAGAGGCUCCUGAAUCCAAAACAAUCUUGGAUUCUUUCUGCAGCCAUGAUUUUGCUGUUACUGCCAAACUCCACCGUCUUCGCCUACCCACAGGAGAGCCAGAAUUUGAAAUUGAGGGACGGGUCGAGUUUAUCCGUCAGGGUCCUCUGUUGCCCUAUGACACCCAGCAUCUGCUCCAGCAGUGGCUCCUUAUCAACGUUAGAUGUGCCCGUGCCCUUGUGCGUCCUGGGAGGUCACAGCUUUAUGUGCUGACUGGUUCUGUGCAGCAUGAUGGGACCCUUUCUCUGACUCGUGUCUUCCCUUGGCACAGAAAAGAUGCAAACAUUGCGGUGGCAUUUCGAAAAUGGAAGCACCACAGAUGUUGAAGGGACAUGGACCAAAACAGGAGCUUGAAAUCUGUGUUUUGAGGCACAGAGGGAGCUCAGUGGCACUGGCUUUUAAGAAGUAUUUGUAAAAGAGGGUAAAUUGUUAUAAGAACUGACUCAAGCAAUUUGCUCAUCUGAGCAGGUCGCCGUCUCAUUUCAUCGUUGUUAGUGCUUUUGUUAGCACACUGCAUUAAGACGCACUGAAACCUGUACAUAGUAUUAUACAUAUAAAUUUAUAGUAGAUUAUAUUUUCUGUUAAAAGCUGUAUUUAUGAUGUUCCAUGUGUUGUUUGGAAUAAAUGACAAUAAAAUAGUCGUCCUAUGAAACCACAUAUUUGUGAGGUUUCUUUCCCUCAUGCUUAUGCUCAUAAGCCUUGCUUUAGCCUAGUAUGUUUAUCUCUUUAAUACAACCGUUAUUUAGUUAAUGCUUUUACAAGAGAGAGCUAAUUAAACGCCCUCAUCAGUUAUCACUUGUGUCACCACAAGGUGGCACACUAAUGCCACUUGUUCUGAAACAUUGCAUAAUACAAUGUAAAACUAACACCUAGCAUGCAGUAAUAGUUACAAAUUGGAUUGCCUGUAAAUAGUUCUGCAUACGAUACCAAGCUGUUUUAAAUGUCUUGAUCACUAUGUUCACAG